AUGAAAAACAAAUCCUACAGUUUUUACGACUUAAAACUCAAAAUUUACGACAAUUUAGCGUGGGGCUCCGACGCUGUGACGGCCUUGUACGGAGAGACCAUUUUGGUUCCGUGCAAUGGAGGGUCCCCGCCUCCCAGCAACCUCAUGUUCAUCAAGUGGAAAUAUGAGAAGGCCGACGGCUCGGCUGGAGAUCUGCUGGUCAAACAGGACCAGAAGGAGGCCACGGUCGAGGCCACGGACGGAUACGCCUCCAGGGUUAGCAUCGACGACAAGUACAACCUGCUGAUCAGCGGGGCCACCCUCCUGGACCAGCGCACCUUCACCUGCAUGGUGGUGUCCGUCAGCAACCUCAACGAGUUCCCCGUCUCGGUCCUCGUGCACAAGAAACCGGCUGCAGUGCAGAUCAUGGACAAGGCCGAGGUGCUGCAUAAAGACAAGCCAACAAUGGUGGGCACAUGUGUUGUAGCAGAUGCCAACCCAGCGGCCAGCAUCACGUGGAAGAAGAACGGCCAUGCCCUGGUGGCCGACGAUAAAGCCGUGGUCAUCACCAGCAGCACCAAGGUGGAGCCAUCCACGGGGCUGUCCAGCACCAUGUCCAUCCUGCAGUACGUGGCCUCCAAGGGGGACGCAGAGGCCGUCUUCACCUGUGUGUCUGCUCAUGACCUGGGGGAUGACGCCGCCAACGUGGGGCCCUUCUCUGUGCACUAUCCAUCGGAGAAAGUCAGCCUUCAAGUCCUGAGCAAGGGCCCGAUCGUGGAGGGCGAUAACGUGACGUUGAAAUGCCACGCUGACGGCAACCCUCCACCCAAAGCUUUCUACUUCCACAUCAAGGGCCAGAAAACGCUUGUGGAGAAUUCCGACACUUACACCAUGCCCGCCAUCGCUCGCGACGCAGGCGGCGAAUACAAAUGUGCGCUGGCUGACAACGAGAAAAUGGAGGCUUCCCAGAGCCUGGUGGUCAACUACCUGGACCUGUCUCUCAGUCCUACCGGGAGGGUGCUGAAGACAGUAGGGGACACCUUGUCUGUGAAGAUGGAAAAGAGUGCCUCGGGUGAAGCUAUCGUGUCAUGGAGGAAGGAUGGGAAGAAAGUGAAGGAGCCCGCUUUCACCAAGCUGACGUACUCUGAUGCUGGCGUGUACAAAUGCGAGCUGACCAUGGGAGGCAUCACCAGGCACCAGAGCUUUGAGCUGGUGGUGGAGGGUAAGCCUGUGAUCACUGGCCUGACCAAACAGCGCUCCAUGGAUGGAAACCACAAAGUCCUGACCUGCGAGGCAGAAGGAGUACCGGAGCCCGUCUUCCAGUGGAGCGUAAACGGAUCCAAUGAGAGGAGCGCCUUUUCCAACGGCAAGGCCACCCAUAAAAUCACCGUAAUACCCAAGGUGAACUUAACCGUCACAUGCACCGUCAGCAACAAACUCGGCGAGGACGCCAUGACUAUCAACGUCUCGUCCGUUUUUAAUGAAGAUCCAGAGAAAAAAGAUUCCCAGGAGGAGUCCGACGACCAGGCCAAGCUCAUAGUGGGCGUGGUGGUGGGGCUGAUCCUGGCCGCUGCAGUGGUGGCUCUCAUCUACUGGCUGUACAUGAAGAACUCGAGACAAGGAAGCUGGAAGACAAACGAGAAGGAGGUGGGGACCUCCGAGGAGAGCAAGAAGCUGGAGGAGAACAAUCACACUGUUUAA